AUGCUCUCCAUCACAAAGACCAUGGAGGACCUGACCCUUCAGGACCCGUAUCCGGACUUCGACUGGGGCCCCUCGAGGGGUGUUGGCGGAGAAGAAGAGGAAGAAGAAGAAGAAAUCGAGUCCAGAGAACCAAGACAGCCCUUUCGCUUCCUUGACCUCCCAUCUGAACUUCGCCUGCGUAUCUACUCCUUCGUCUUGUUUGCCACCACUCGUCGUCGCUGGUUGCAGCAAACCCGAACAACCGGCAGUGUGGGCGCCUCGUCGAAAAACCCCCCUACUGCACCGUUGUCAGAGCGUCUUCCCCUCUUUCUAGUGUCGAAACAAGUCCACCUAGAGGCCAGCGAUUAUUUCUACUCCAUCCAGACCUUCCGCGUAUUCCCGAUCCAGGAUUACUCCAAAAUGCCCACAAUCAGGUCCUUACCACCACUCUACCGGCCGUCAAUCUCGAAUAUUGAAUUGAUUCUGGGCUCGAGCUGGACCAAGCCUCCAAAAUCCUGGACCGUCAAUAACGGGCUUGGUCUGGAGGAUAUGCAUCGCGUUCGUACUUUGAAGGUGUUCAUCGAGUGUGACCCGUCGCAUCCGGUGUUCGAAGGUUUCCGCAUUUCCAAGGGCUUCUACACAGAUUUUGCCGGUGAUCUUCUGCGCAAGAUUUUGGAGAGACUGCCGAAUUUGAAACAUGUUGAAUUCGACGGCUAUCCCUCUGUUCGCAGGCAUGGAGCUCUCAUGAUGCGGUUAUUGCAGGAGACGAAAGUGGCAAAGAAGCAGAUCGUCUGGGGACCGGAGAGGCAGUGGAGGCACGACAAGGAGUCGGAGAGCGAAGGAGAGGAAGAGCAGGUUGUAGAGCUAUCUUGA